AGGAAAAGAGGAGGAGGAGGAGCUGCCUUACUGGAGUGAGUUCAAUGAAAAUGAGCAGCUAAAGGGAACAUCUUCUGUAGUCAGUUGUGUGCAACCACCAGGCAACAUCUCUCACACUGUACCUACUACUCUCAACAUGUGGACUACAAAAUGCAUGGUAAUCUUUCUACUGAUCACACUUGCAGAGGGGAGAGGAAAGAAACGCAAUGCAUUGCAUGACUAUAAGAAGACUGCUGAAACAACAUUAACUAGACUUAACAAAGCACUGGAAGUGAAAACAAAAAUGUUCAACACCACUGAAAACUGUGCUAAAAGAUGUAGCCGGAAUAAAGGACUUCCGUUUACUUGCAAGGCUUUUGCUUUUGACAAAAAUAUAAAGAGAUGUCAUUGGUUCUCAUUCAACACUAUGUCAGCAGGAAUAAAGGAUAAAUAUGACAUUUCAUUUGAUCUUUAUGAAAAGAAAGAUUAUAUCAGAGACUGUAUUCAUGGAAAAGGGAGUAAUUACAGAGGAACCAGAAAUGUAACUAAGAGGGGUCUUGCAUGCCAGCCUUGGAAUUCAAUGAUACCCCAUGAGCAUAGCUUUUUGCCUUCAACCUACCGCGGAAAAGAUCUAAAGGAGAACUAUUGUCGAAACCCUAAAGGAGAAGAAGGAGGACCUUGGUGUUUCACAAAAAGUCCAGAGGUUCGACAUGAUGUCUGUGACAUCCCAUUUUGUUCAGAAGUAGACUGUGUAACAUGCAAUGGAGAGCAUUAUAGAGGUCCAAUGGAUUACACAGAAUCAGGAAAAGAAUGCCAACGCUGGGACUUACAAAGGCCCCAUAAACACAAGUUUCGUCCAGAAAGAUAUCCUAACAAGGGUCUAAAUGAUAAUUACUGUCGCAACCCUGAUGGCAAGUCCAGGCCUUGGUGUUACACUCUUGACCCUGACACCCCCUGGGAGUUCUGUGCAAUUAAACCAUGUGUACACAGCAUUGUCAACAAUACAGAUAUUACGAAAGACUGCAUGAAAGGCCAAGGUGAGGGGUAUCGUGGAAGUGUCAGCACAACAUACAAUGGCAUUCAAUGUCAGAGGUGGGAUUCUCAGUUUCCACACCUGCACAAUUUUACUCCAGAGAACUACAAGUGCAAGGAUCUGAGUGAAAAUUAUUGCCGAAAUCCAGAUGGUUCAGAGUCACCAUGGUGUUUUACUACAGACCCAAAUAUUCGUAUUGGACACUGCUCACAGAUAAAAAAGUGUCAAGCCUCUAAUCAGCAAGAGUGUUACUAUGGGAAUGGAAGUACCUACAAGGGGACUUUAUCUAGAACAAGAUUUAGACUUCCUUGUUCCAUGUGGGAAAAGAAUUUGCAAGAUCUAAAAAGACAUACAUUCAAUGAACCUGAUGUAUCCAUACUUCAGAAGAACUACUGCAGAAAUCCUGAUAAUGAUGCCCAUGGGCCAUGGUGUUACACAGAUGAUCCUUUUGUACCAUGGGACUAUUGUCCUAUAUCAAGAUGUGAAGGCGAUACAACUAAAAUAAUGGCAAACAUUGACAGUCCAAUCACCUGUUCAUCAUCCAAACAGUUAAGAGUUGUGAAUGGCAUUCCGGCACAAACAAGAAAAGUUUGGAUGGUCAGUGUGAGAUACAGGAACGCUCAUAAGUGUGGAGGAACUCUAAUAAAAGAAAACUGGGUUUUAACAGCAAGACAAUGUUUUCUUUCCGGAGAUAUUGACCUGAAAUAUUAUGAAGCAUGGCUUGGAGUACACAAUAUUUAUAGUACAACAGAGAAACACAAACAAAUUCUCAAUAUAUCCCAACUGGUACAUGGGCCGAAAGGUUCAAACCUUGUCCUCCUAAAACUUUCAAGACCUGCAACUCUGAAUGCCUAUGUAGAUAGAAUAAAACUGCCUAAUUAUGGAUGCACCAUUCCAGAAAAAACAACGUGUUCAGUAUAUGGAUGGGGACACACUGGAACUAAUGAUUAUGAUGGGCAGCUUCAGGAAGGUACUCUGCAUAUUGUUGGAAAUGAAAAAUGUAAUGAAAACCACAAGGGAAAAAUCACGGUUAAUGAAUCUGAAAUAUGCGCCAUCGGUGAAACUGCUAACAUUGGACCGUGUGAGCGUGAUUAUGGAGGACCACUCAUUUGUGAAGAAAACAGGACACAUCUGGUACAAGGAGUGAUUAUCCCUGGACGUGGUUGUGCCAUCCAAAAGCGCCCAGUCAUUUUUGUCAGGGUGGCUUAUUAUGCAAAGUGGAUACAUAAAAUAAUGUUAACGUAUAAGGCUCCAUAAAGACAAAACACUGAGUAUACAGAUUAUUAUUAUAGUAAUGAUGCCUAAAACUUACUUGAUGGUCAAGUUUUACUGUUUCCCAUUGUUUUUAAAAUGUAUGGGCACAUCGUCUUCUAAGUAUUACGUUUAAUUACGUAAGGUGACAUUUCCUGAGUAUACUUGAAUAACUUUUUGAUGUUUAAGGGGGGGCGGGAGUAAAGCAUUUAUUUGGGUUUCUUUAUGCUGCUCCAGUGGUUCAUGUAAUCCAAUGAACCUAAUGUUUAACACUGAAUGUAUUUUUUAUCUUUUCUAUAAUUAAACAAAUACAUAAAAUAAAAGAGGCAAUUAUCUAUAAAUUACACUUUGCUAUUUAGAAAGUAAAGGAAAACCUGAAAUAAUACAAAACUUGGUCCAUAAAUUCUUAGGGCCACUAACACUAAACAUGAAAAUAUUACAGUUAUUAUUUCCAUCACCCACAAAUAAAACAUCUCUUGGCAGCACUAGUUCCAUUUAGUAUAAGAAAGGUUUUUAUACUGUGCAUGUGCUAAAAGCCAUCAAUAACAUUUUAUAUGUUCAUAACAACCUACUGCAACUACUAAAGACACCAUAUUAUCAAUUAUCAUUUUGUACAAAAUUUUGUUUCAAAAAGAGUGCCAACCCUAUUCUGCUAAUAACUACCAGUAGUGUUGCUAUGCACUUGGUUGUAUUUUGAAAUGAUGCUUGUGACAGAAAUUUAGUUUAGGAUUUUAGUAUCUGUGCUUUUUUAAAUUUGAUUCACUUUUCUUAGUUACAACAAAUGUUAUUAACGACAACUGUUUAAUUAUUUUAUAAAGCAAAGUGUUGAAAUGUAUAAAUUAUUGGCUUAUUCAACAGAACCAAAUUUUAGGGGGAAAAUAUGAUGAAACCCUGACGUGCAGUAUUUGAUUUUCUUAAAUGUAAACGUGAAGAAUUUUGCCAUGAUUUGAAGUUAAAUUUUACCACUGAAAUGUCAGUAUUAUGAUGUACAAAGAAAUAUAUUGUAAAUAAAUAUUUAAGAAGAUGUAUCUUGCUGUGCGAGAGACAGUUGCUUGGUACUCAGUGAAAAUUAUGUAUAUUUGUUGUCAGUCUUUUUGGGCAGUGUCUCAAAGAUUUUUUUAAGGUAAAAUGAUUGUAUGAAAGCCAAAAUAAAUGCAACAUUAAAAAAUAUGCAUAAUGACAAUUCUCUGAUUCUUUGCCUUACUCUUUAGUUGCAGAAUUGCAUUCACUGCCAUGCACUUUACACCUAUUGAUAGUUUUCUAGUUUUUGCAUAUGGACAGAACCAGAGAAAAUUGUUCCAUAUUUUGAGUUCAAGAGAUGGUCAUUCUGAAACUUUUUUUUUAAUGUUGAAACUUUUUGGCAUUUUUAAAUGGUUGGUAUAUCAAUUGGUAUAUCAAGCCAUUUAUGCUAGUGUAGCAUCUAUUUGCCUUGAUUAUUUGAUAAAAUACAGUUUGUCACAUACUGUAACUUCCCUAUAAAAUUAUUAGUGAUAUAAAAUAAAAUGUGCCAUGUAACCUCCAUAAAAAUUGUUCGUGCCAAGGUUGUAGGUUAAAUAUAAUAACUGUAUUACCUGCAGUGAUGCCAGUAAAUGCACACUUUUAAAAUACUUCAAAGACUUGACAUUUAGAGAAAUAGCUAUACUUCAUUGGCUAUUUUGAUUGUCAGUCUUCUCAGG